GCUUAUUGCUAACGACUAUUUAUAUGACGUUAAAUCAAUUGCGUUGCUAUAUGCCUAUGUUAUACCCAAUGGCAGGUAUAGGCUAUGCCUAAAAUCCGGUCGACAGAGGACCCCUGCCUGGGAAUGGAUUUCAAACGACCCGCUGCUUGAAGUAGCUGAGGCUUCUGUACUGUAGGCUAGCAUGUGACCAGCCACAGGAUUCAUAAACCACUGCAUUCCGAGGCUACACUAACUAAUAGGAACGGCACCUUGGUGUCCACACCACACAGAAGCAUGGAUGAAAUUCUUCCACUGGUAAAGAGUAUAGUUCCUCCAUUGACGUCUAAAAAGCACAAAGGCCAGGACGGUCGAAUAGGGAUUAUCGGAGGUUGUCAAGAGUACACAGGUGCACCAUAUUUUGCUGCCAUCUCUGCACUCAAAGUCGGGGCUGACCUGUCUCAUGUAUUCUGCUCCAAAGAUGCUGCCACUGUCAUCAAAUCCUACAGCCCAGAGCUCAUAGUCCACCCUGUCCUGGACAGUCCCAAUGUUGUAGAGGAGAUUGAGAAGUGGCUGCCCAGAUUGCAUGCCCUGGUGGUGGGCCCAGGGCUGGGGAGGGAUCCCAUGUUGUUAAGCGCUGCCAGGGAAGUUAUAGAAAAGUCCAAGGCAAGAGAUAUCCCCAUAAUCAUUGAUGCAGAUGGACUGUGGCUGGUUACUGAGUAUCCAUCUGUGAUCCAUGGUUACCAAAAGGGCAUUCUCACACCCAACUACAUGGAGUUUACCAGGCUGUACGAGGCUAUGAUCCAUCAGCCCCUAAACGGCAGUGAUCUUCUGUUGACUGCCAGGCAACUCAGUGUUGCUAUGGGCAACCUCACAGUGGUGCUGAAAGGAGAGGAGGAUCUCAUCACAGACGGCAGCCAGGUGAUUUCAUGCAGCCAGGAGGGCAGUGGGAGGAGGUGUGGGGGCCAAGGGGACCUCUUGUCCGGGUCACUGGGUGUGCUGGCACACUGGGCCUACGCCAAUUCUGCAAACCUUUCCACAAGCACCAGAUUCAGCCCUUCUCUUGUGGCAGCAUGGGGGGCCACUACUCUGACCAGGCAGUGUAACAGACAGGCCUUCCUCAAACAUGGCCGUUCCACCACCACCUCAGACAUGUUGAAGGAAAUCAGCCCAGCCUUUAGAGUUCUCUUUGAGGGAGAGUACUGAGUGUCCAGUGUACAUACUGUAUAGUCUCACAUUUAUACGUCCAUACACUGCACAACAAACACACACUCACCUUCUAUGGGAACUCUAAACCUAUUCUCGCUGUUCAGAUAAUAGAAUAGUCUUGAUCAGAAAAAGUGGUACAUCGUUUAAAUUAACAACAUAAGCCACAGCUCUUACAUGUAACCCAGAGCAAGUUUCUGUUAUUUUUUUUGUUUUGUUUAUAUAAUUGAAUUUGGAAA